UGGAGACAGAACUACCGCCGCCGUCUCUAGAGGAAGUGCCUGCUGGAUACUUUGGUCGCUAACUCACAGCUAAGAAGUAAACAGAAACAGCGUGGAUGGACAUUGACAAGAACUGAUCUCUAAACCAAACUUUCGACCAUGAAGGAGGACAAGGAGAACACCCGCCCCAAGGAGAGGAGGAUGGAGGGGAAAUGCGAGGAGGGAGAGAAGAUCGAGAAGCUGAAGGAGAGGAGAGAGGCGAUGACAAAGAUCGUGAUCAGACGUCUGCCCCCGAGCCUCACCAAGGAGGAGCUGGAGGAGCAGCUGCAGCCGCUGCCAGAACUCGACUAUCUGGAGUUCUUCUCCAGUGACACCAGCCUCUCCCCCCACGUCUUUUCAAGGGCGUAUAUUAACUUCAAACAACAAGAGGAUAUUGUCCUCUUCAGAGAUAGAUUUGAUGGAUAUGUUUUCAUCGAUGGCAAAGGACAAGAGUAUACAGCUGUUGUGGAGUUUGCGCCUUUUCAGAAGAUUGGCAAGAAAAGAAUCAAAAAACGAGAUGCAAAGUGUGGAACCAUAGAUGAUGAUCCUGAUUACGAAAGAUUCCUGGAAGUAUAUAAUGGACAUGAUGAUGAAAAGAUGACAUCCACUCCAGAGACUCUCUUGGAAGAGCUUGAGGCGAAAACCAAAGAGCUUGGUGCCAGAAAAACAACUCCCCUCUUGGACUUUCUGAAGAAUAAGCAGAGAAUCAGAGAGGAGAAGAAGGAGGAGAGGAAGAGGAGGGAGCUUGAACGCAAGAGACAGCGUGACGAGGAACGCCGUAAGUGGCGCGACGAAGAGCGACGGAGACGCAAAGACAACGACAAGAUGAAGAAACCGGACCGGCCCUCAGACAAAGACCAAGUGAAGGAGGAGCCCAAGAUCAAGCUCCUGAGGAAACCAGACAGAGGGGAGGAGAUGGACACGGAGAAGCCUAAAGACAAGCCGAAGAGACUCGAGAGGCCAAUGAAAGACGAUAAAGUGAUGGGCAGUUUGGAUCUGAAGAAGAGGACGAUAAUCGAUAACAAGGAAGACCGACCCAGGAAGGUCGAUGAGGAGGGACGCAAAGAGUUCCGGGAGCGUGACACCGUCCGGGACCGGGAACGUGACGCUGUUCGAGACAGGGACGCCGUCCGAGACCGGGACGCCGUCCGAGACCGGGACGCCAUUCGUGACCGGGACGUUGUCAGAGACCGGGACGUCGUCAGAGACCGGGAACGCGACCGGGAGAGGGACAGGGAACGCCGGCAGAAGGAGAAGGACCGCAUCCGGCGUCAGGACGAGGACAGGAGGCGGCGGCGGGAGCGCCACGACGGCGAGAACGCCUGCAGGAAGAGAGAAGAGGCCGGGAAGCGGGACAAGGAGCGCGACUGGGACAAGAAGAGGGGAGGCAGCGCCAACGAGUCCGCCGCCAACGAGCGGUCGGCCAAGGACAACCGGAAGGAAGAGAAUAUGAAGAGAGAUCGCAUGCGCAACAAGGAUCGACCUGCCAUCCAGCUUUAUCAGCCAGGGGCCCGCAACCGCAACCGUGGUGGCGGAGGGGGAGGAGGUGGGGGGGGCAGUGGGGGAGAGUCCCAGCCGGCCGAAGGAAAGCCCGACAACGAGUCCAAGAGAGCCAACGACAUGGGAGACGAUUGAAUCAGUUUUGGGGCAACAUGCAUGUGAAGCGUGGGGUGCAGGACGGGGCCGUCAGGGCUCUGAGGGGAACACACCGGCGCCACAGUGUAGCGUGUAGGUGCGUCCUAUAACCCGACCGGGGCGCAGUGAUGUCAUGGUGCCACACUCGUCCGUUUGUCGGUCAAUAAAGGAUUAGGUAACACAGCACUUCCUGACUGGUGUACAUUUGGCUCUAGGGACCUGUCGCUGAUGCCAAAGCUUCUUUGGGACUUCAUUAAAUGCCAAGUGGCCUUAUCACAGUGUUGCUACGCUUCUGUCAAGUGUUGCAAACAUUGGAGCUUCAUACUGCUGAACAGUCCAUCUAUGCCACACCCGUACACAUUUAAAAUUAGUUCUGCAAUAGAGCUCUGCCCUCACCGUUCUGUUUUUGACAGAAAUGGUGUUACCAUGCAGGAUAUUUACUGUGUUUCUCUACUGUAUGUUCUUACAUGUAUUAUAUAAAAGAUCAUGGAAGAAAUGCAGUUAUUUUUCUCCUGCAACAAAAACAUUUGUGCCAUUUGAAUACAGCGGUUGCCUUAUGUGUGGACUUGAAGGAAUUAUUUGUUCAGUUUAGAAACUGAGACAUUUAUUCACUGAUACAGCGAUAAAGGAGAAAUAGCCAUUUGUGACUUUAGAACUGUGAGCUUAAGCAUCGCUUCAAGCCUGCCUGCAACCAUCAACAUACCGACCUGUGGCCUUCAAACGUCAAUUCAAAGAAUUCAAGAUUAUCCCUGCAUAAAAAACUAAUUUCAUAAUGAUUUAAACAGAGUACUGCAUGUAAUCCAAGCUCAUUUUGUUGGAAUGAAAAAUAAAAUGGUAAUUCAUGAAA